AUGCUACCAGAGCAGUUUGCUUUGUCCAUUCUGUCAGUGCUUAUAAUCAAGGCAUCUCACAUCGACAUCCGCUGCGCCACCACCGAAAAGAUCCUGACAACUCUCGAGACAAUCGUCCCGAUAGCCGUCUUACUGCACGACACCGAGACCUUGAAGCAUGUCAACGAAGUGCAGCGACUCCUCUGGCCAUUUUCACCAUCCCAUCCGAUCGAAAUAUCAUGCGAAUCGAAGCUGAAGCUUCUCGUAGAAGCUAUCAUCCUCUACGUGGAGUCACUACGCACACGCGAAUGGGAGCGUGAUCCCAAGCGUAACCCUGACGCCUUGCCCAGUACGUUCCCUCUGCGCAUGCACCUCCUGCAUUACUCCGCGCAGCACUCUAACCACCCUCCCGGUCCUGAAGAGCACCGUGCAGCCUUCACGGGUCACGUUGCGAAGCUUAUCGAUCAGUUCUCAAACGGUCUAUACCCUAACAAGUUCCCAAAUUUGAAAGCCGGCUUGAAUUAUGUACGCGGUGACAACCGAUUGCGCGUAGCCUGCUCCUUGGGCGACAUAAGCAAGACGAGCCUGUCGUGUUUGACUUUGCAGGAUCAUCUGUGGGUGGAGCUUGCUGCGAGCCUAUUAUACAGUCACGCGAAAGAAAACGGCAGACAAGAUGCAUUGGCCGAGAGAGUGGAAACUUGGAGGCAAAGCUGGAGAGUUAGCGGAAGCGAAGAAGUGAGGAAGGCGGGUUAUACGCAAUGGGUUGAAUGA